GAAGAAACGCAGGUCCUACUUGCUAGAAAGAAAUGACGUAAAAGAGAGUUUGUUGUUUCUUGUUCCACUCUGAAAACUCACUCACUCCGCAUUUCUCUUGUGCAUGCAUUGUACGGAAACAAGUUCUUUCCUUCAUCAUGUAUCAUCAUCAACAUUCACACACUGAUGAGAAUGUCCCUCCCUUGAAUCAAAAUAGCACCAUAGCCAGCAACGGAAGAUCUGCUCCAGUUGCCCCCCUUCCCCACCAGAAGUUGCAGGGAAACAUGGACACUCUAAUUCAUCAAAUUGAGAAGGAAGCAUACUCUCAUGUCUUGUUAGCCUUCAAAUGUCAAUCUGAUGUUCUAACUUGGGAGAAAGCUGAUUUGAUGGUUGAGCUUCGGAAGGAGUUAAGGGUUUCGGAUGAUGAACACAUACAACUUCUCACACAGGUGAAUACCAAUUCAACUAUCCACCAAAUAAGAGAGUGGAGAAAAACUAGCUGUUACAAACCAGCUCAGCAUGUUCAUGAUGAUUCACUCCAUUCAACAAUUUCAUCUUCUCCAAAGAAACACAACUCAUCAUCCCAACCGUUUCAGUACCCGAAUCAAUUGUUACAGGGUUCAUAUUCACUAAAGAAUGUGCAGCAUCGUCCUGCUGCUCCCUCUUCAGGACGAAGGCUCAUCAUAAAUGGCAGCUCUUAUAGUGUUGUUCCCCCGAAAAAACCUAUUCAAGAAGAAGCGAUAGCAGGAAAAGCUAGGAAUGAAAUCCAUGAGGCUGGGAUUGGAAUUAACAAAGCUCCCAUGGGAAAGAAUGGUUUGUAUUAUGAUUCUGGAGAAGCUAAUGAGAUGGAGGAAUGGGUUAAUCUCAACAAGAUGCGAGCUGAGGACACAGAAUGGGAAAAUGAAGAAGGACGGCCAAUUCUUCGCAUUCUCAGAAGAUAACAAUGAAGAUACUCUUAUCUCAUCACCACCACAAAUGGUGGUGCAGAUUUGAGGAAUACGCAGAAUACAUACAUACAUACCUACCCUGAUAUGCAUUACAGAGAUCAACAUAAUUCUCAUUAGGUGCUGUUUUCUUAAAAUUAGGCACAAUAUGCAAUGAACAUGUAAAUGCAAAUGAAUGGUUCUUCCAUGACAACAAGUUUUCUCUGCAAUUCCUUGGCAUGGUAUGUACUAUGUAGACAAUGUAGUGGUUGUAUUCAAUAGUGGAUUCAUGCGCAAACGUAAAUCA